GACGCUCCGAUCGUGAGAGCUCAGGUAACCCAAGUCAUUGAAUCUGUCAAGCCUCACUCUGUCGAGGUGUGAAGUGAUCCAUCAAGGAUGCGAGGGUGCGGCGGUUGUUCUCCCUUCCACUUCCUGCUGGUGGCGCUGUGCGUGGUGCUGCUGUGCUGUGCCGCGCUGACGGCGCUGAUGUGGACGCACGUGUCACCGCCGGAGGCGGAGGUGCAUCCAGUCACGUGUCCCGCGUACCACACUUCCUGCGAACGCUCGUCCACGUGCGUCCACGUCGACCGGUUGUGCGACGGCAUCGACGACUGCGCCGACGCUUCCGACGAAGACGCCGCUCGUUGCGCAACGACCUGUGACGGACAGUUCGCACUGCACGGCCCAACGGGAUGGUUUGCCUCUUCUGCAAACAGCAGCUUCUGUCGCUGGAUCAUCAGGGUCCAAAGGGGAUUUUCUGUUCAGGUCAACUUCCACAAGUUUGAAAGCCUAGAAAAUGUCCAUAUCGUGAGACUUUACGAAGGGCUUGGUCCCGAGAAGAAGAUGGCAGCCGAGCUCUCGGGGUCCACCCCUCCCGAGACUGUGUGGCUUCUGACGGCCCGAUCCACUAUUGAGUUUUUCUCAGACAAUUUGGAAGAUGGGUCGGGAUUCAACGCCACCUUCCGUGCCAGCGACCUCUCGAAACUGCCAGAUUCGGAGAAGCUUUCCUGCACAUUUGAGCACGGCUUUUGCUUCUGGAGGCAGGAACACGAAGACGACGGUGACUGGCUUCGGAGCAGAGGCGCCACAUUUCCGCCGCUCAGUGGCCCAAGCAUAGAUCACACGCUAGGAAACGGGUCGGGUUUCUACUUGAGCACCCCUCUGAGUCCUGGCCAAUGGCUGAAGACUUUCAGGAUCUACAGCCUACCUCUAACUGGGCCCAAGCAGCCAAUAUGCCUUGGGUUUUGGUAUCACAUGUUUGGGGAAGACGUCCACCGUCUUCAACUGUCGCUACGUGGCGCAUAUCCAGGCGACGUGGACGCUGUGGUGUUCCGCAGGGACGGGAACUAUGGUGACCGCUGGAACUACGGACAAGUGCUCCUCAACUCUACCUCUGACACUCAGAUUGUGUUUGAAGCUCUGAAGAAAGGCGGGAUGAGAAAUGACAUUGCCUUGGAUGACAUCACUUUGAUGCCCCAGCCUUGUGGGCCCGCCCCCCCGGAACCCACCUUAGUGCCCACUCCGACACCUGUCCCCACCGUGUCGGCUGACUGCGGUGGUCCUUUUGACGUGUGGGAGCCAAACUCCACCUUCAGUUCACCAAAUUACCCGCGAGCCUACGGGAACGGAGCUCGCUGCAUGUGGACGCUCCACGCUCUGCCAGGUCGAAACAUCCACGUCCACUUCCUAGACUUUGAUGUCGAAGACAACUACGACGUCGUGGAGCUGCGCGACGGGGUGGGGCCUAGCUCGACCUUACUGGCCAUUCUCACCGGGAGCGGCGGCACCGCCAGAGACUUGUUUUCAACGCGCAAUCGGGUGACCGUCUGGUUCUUCACGGACAGCUCGGGAAACGGACGGGGAUUCAAAGCCAACUUUACCUCCGGGCUUGGCCUGGGGUCUUCAGAACCGUGCCCUGCGGAGCAGUUCCAAUGUGACACGGGCAGCUGUAUCCAUGGAAAGCGUCAGUGCGACGGGAGGGUGGACUGCGCCGACGCUUCCGACGAAGCUAACUGUGUCGUGUUGCAGGAGAACGCCUCCGGUCGUCUCCGCUUUCAGAUGGCCUCCUCUCAGUAUGCGGUGUGCGGAGACACCUGGACCCCGCGCCUGUCUGUCUUCAUCUGUCAGUACUUGGGAUACAGGUCGGGGGUGUCCACGCUGCUGCCCGCCGUGCCGGGAGAUUCACAUUUCGCCAGUGUCGAGGUCACCGCUAACGGAAGUCUGGAAUCCAGCGUGAGCGAGCGUUGCGUGGGCCACCGUGUGGUUUCUCUUCGCUGUGACAAUCAGCCAUGCGGCCUUCGUCUCGUCACCAGCGACACUGUCGACCAAUCGGCAGAUGGGGAGGUCCGAGUGGUGGGUGGGUCGGACGCCGCCAAAGGGGCGUGGCCGUGGAUGGUGUCGCUGCACUGGAACGGUCGCCACGUGUGCGGUGGCGCUUUGCUCGGUCGCCGUUGGCUGCUGACUGCCGCCCACUGCGUGUACGGGAAGGAGCGCCCCCUGGGCCGCUGGUCGGCCAAGUUGGGUCUUCGGGCUCAGAGCCAGGCCGGGGCCGUGCACUCGUUCCAAAUUGAUGCCGUGAUCAUCAACCCGCACUACAACAGACUCAGCAAAGAGGCCGACAUCGCCAUGAUGCGCCUGAGCACGCCCACCAACUUCACUGAUCUGAUCCAGCCAGUGUGUUUGCCUGAAAACGCUCAAGAGUUGACAGCUGGAAAGAAAUGUUGGAUUGCCGGAUGGGGGAGGCAGGCUGAGGAGGGUUCUCUUCCAGACAUUCUGCAGGAGGCCAAGGUUCCCCUGGUGGGCCAGGUCUCGUGCCAGCGCGCCUUGCCCGAGUACACCAUCACGUCCAAAAUGCUGUGCGCGGGCUUCCCAGAGGGCGGAGUGGACUCGUGUCAGGGCGACUCUGGCGGCCCGCUUAUGUGUGAGGAGGAAGGACACUGGACUCUGAUUGGUGUCACGUCCUUUGGGAUGGGUUGCGGUCGGCCCGAGCGACCCGGGGUUUACGCCAGAGUCUCGGCCUUUGUCGCCUGGAUGGCAGAAACGCGACGCUCCUGGUCAUCGUGAUCAUCCACCUCCUCUUCCUACUCUUCUUCCUCUCCUGCCACUCUACUUUCACCUCCCCUUUCUUUUUUUCCUUCUCUUCUUCUACUUUGUCCUCUCCUUCUUUUCCUAUGACUCCUCAACUUCCUCC